GAACGCAGCAUGUACGUUCUCCGAUGCAAAGAGGGUUGCAUAGAUGUAUUUGGAUGUAUUUACCCCCCUUUUCUUUCACCCCAUAUUUGCUCCCAAAUGCUGAUACUAUGUGAGAAUGCGCAAAGGAGGUGAUAAUCGGCGAUUUACAUACAGCCAUGGAUCCCGGAUCUGAUCCGGAAGUGGAGACUGUACAGUCCGAUGUUUCUCAAGAAAAGAGGUUACUUCAAGACGUUUCUCAGCGGUGCGUACACAAGAUGGGUAGACGCGAGGGGGACCGCUCCGAGCUCGGCUGUCUGCGGGACUCUCCCCCGGGCAGGUCGGAUGAAGCCAGCCGCCCGAGCGUGGAGAUGAAGAAGCACCAGCACAAACACAACCUGAAACACCGCUACGAGCUGAUGGAGACGCUGGGGAAGGGGGCCUACGGAAAGGUGAAGAAGGCGUUGGAGAGAGUCAGCCUGAAGACGGUGGCCGUCAAGUCGAUCCGUAAGGAGCACAUCACAGACGACCAGGACAGAAUUCACAUCCAGAGGGAGAUUGAGAUGACGUCUUUUCUCAGGCAUCCCAACAUCAUACGCUUCCACGAGGUGUUCGAGAGCCGGGAUAAAAUUGUGAUCGUGAUGGAGUACGCCAGCAAAGGAGAGCUAUACGAUUACAUCCUGGAGAAGAGGAAACUCUCCGAAACAGAAGCCAGAAGCAUCUUCAGGCAAAUCACAUCAGCUGUGCACUACUGCCACAAGAAUGGUGUUGUCCAUCGAGACCUCAAGCUGGAGAACGUUCUUCUGGAUGCAGAUCUGACCGUAAAGCUUGCUGACUUCGGCCUCUCCAAUCAGUACCAGAGAGGCUCUCUGCUGCAGACCUACUGUGGAAGUCCGCUGUAUGCCUCCCCAGAGAUAGUGACUGGGCGGCCCUACCAGGGACCAGAGGUGGACUGCUGGGCGCUUGGGGUGCUGCUGUAUGCGCUGGUGUACAGCAGUAUGCCAUUUGAUGGAAUCACUCACUCCGCUCUCACAAAGCAGAUAUGUCAAGGUCAUUACCGAAGACCCGACCCCCCGUCAGACGCCUGUGCGCUCAUCGACUGGCUGUUGACCGUGCGCGUGGACGAGAGGGCCACCAUCGAGGAUGUAGCCAACCACUGGUGGGUGAACUGGGGUUAUGAGGAAAGUGUGUGUGACUGCACUUUGCCCGCACACCCAGACUGCCCUUCCCCCUUGCUGGCUCGCUACAUUGACUGGCAAAGCCGGGUUGUCAACAGUAUGACUGCUGAGUCAGGGGGCCUCUCUUCGGACUUCAGCCGCUGUCACCCCCAUGGCCAUUACUUCAGUUUGCCUCUCAGGACUGAGCGACUAAGAGGAGCAAGACCAAGCGGAGGAACGGUCAGUGUCCGAAAAUCUCGCAAGGAGAACGCUAUUCCCCAGGCCGCACAAGGAGCAUGUGGGAGUGCGGGAGCGUCUUGCUCCACCUCCAAUGUGGAAAGAAAGAAACCCAAAAGUAUUCUCAAACCUCACCCACAUGCCGAUGUUCUGUCCACCAGUCCGUUCAGCCAGCCCUCGUCUAAAAUAACUAAGAAGGGUAUACUUAAGAACCUGUAUGAAGGGACGUCAGCUUAUGACUCCCCCAGAGCAGGAGUCAAAGAGAGCGAUGUGGGGGACUUGCCCACUUGCGUCCAGGCAGCAGAUGACAGUCCAAGCCUGCGCCCAGAAGCAGUGAAAAGACGAAAAGGAAUUCUCAAACGUAACGGCAAGUUCUCACAAAGCCUGGACCUCCCGGAUGCACAACUCUCAUCGCCGUCUUCUGACCAAGCGACAUUCCCAGAAGCUCUGCAGCAGUUCCUCCAGGACAAAGCGGGUGCCGAGGCUCACCUAAGCCGCCCUUCAAGCGUGGUGAGCGAGGAUAGUCUUUUCUCCUGCGACUCCUUUGACCUGCUGGAUCUCAGCACACAAUCACGUCGUAGGGUGUUUCCGCAGGGAUUGCAUCAUAGCACAUGGAAGUCAGAGGAGGACCUGAGAGCUGCGGCGGGUGAAAAUGAAGGUCAUGCUUCCAAAUGGUGAUGCCCAACAUCAGCGCGUUCUUCCAUCUUUUAGAUUACAGACUUGCUGAAAAUGCAUUGUGGGUGUACACACUGAUUACUGUACUGUUGAUGUAAAGCUCUGCAAUCACUGGCAAUUUCACUGAGUUCUGUAAAUUUUUAAUUUUUGAGUGCAUGCUGACAUAAUAUAAUUUCUCACACAAACAAUAUGAUAUUUUUGUGUUUUUUCUAUUUGUUUGUCAUUAGACAUAACACACUGACACAUCGCUGAACCAUGCAUCAUACUGGUCGUAGCUCUUUUGCACCACUUAGCGUACAGAAGAGGAAUUGCAUGCGGCUCCAUCACAACGUUCAGCACAUCCGGUUUUGUUUUCUUACGAAACAAGUAGCCGGUGACAUUAAAGUUGUUCUUUAACAUGCAAGAAAUCAUUGUUUUUAUUGUUUAUUUGUCUCAUUGUUAAAUGUUUAUGCACUCUGCAAGUUUAUUGUUAUUGUUUUCUGUAAUUGUUUUACUAUUUGUGAUUAUUUAAAGCUGCAAUGCUAAUUACAAAUGAGUGAUUGGUAAUUCGUAAAAUAUUUUUUCCCAAUUCAAAUAUAUUUAUGGAGAUAAUUCUCUAUUUGUGACCACAUGUGGGCAAAAGGUGUGAGUCUUGAAGACAAUAUUUUUAUUUUUUAUUAGUUUUAUUUUGAAGGGCUCUAAUGAAGAGAGUGUUCACUGGAAUGGGGCAAUUCUCCAAAUUUUAAUAAAUAAAAU